CACCUCAGAAGGUCUUCUCGCCUCCCUCUUCCUCCGAAACGAUGCAGGCCUGCUGGAGGCGCUCCGGGCAGCGACUUCUUGAUCGCUCGCCUGCUCUCUUUCCCUUCAAAUCCAUUUAUCCCCUAUCCUCCGAUGGGUAUGGGAUCGAUCACCCGCGGCAUGUAUCCACCAUUUCCGUCAAGGGAGGGGGGCAUAUCAUCCGCAAGGGCACGGGCGGAAGGUCAUCCGUGAGUGGAAUUGUUGCGACCGUGUUUGGAGCUACUGGGUUUCUUGGUCGUUAUGUUGUCCAACAGCUUGCAAAAAUGGGGUCUCAAGUCCUAGUUCCUUUUCGAGGGUCUGAGGAUUCUCACCGGCACCUCAAGUUGAUGGGUGAUUUGGGUCAGAUUGUUCCAAUGAAGUAUAAUCCAAGAGAUGAAAAUUCAAUCAAAGCUGUGAUGGCUAAGGCAAAUGUGGUUUUGAAUCUUAUUGGAAGGGAGUAUGAGACAAGAAAUUACAGCUUUGAAGAAGUUAAUCAUGCUAUGGCUGAGCAGCUUGCAGUGAUUGCUAAAGAACACGGAGGUAUCAUGAGAUUCAUACAAGUUUCUUGCUUAGGGGCAUCUCCUUCUUCUCCUUCUAGAAUGUUGAGGGCCAAAGCUGCUGCAGAGGAAGCUGUAUUAAGAGAGUUUCCUGAGGCCACAAUCAUGAAACCUGGAACCUUGAUUGGUACUGAAGAUCGAAUAUUGAACAGAUGGGCACAAUUUAUUAAAAAAUGGAGCUUUCUUCCACUUAUUGGUGACGGAUCUACAAAGAUUCAACCAGUUUACGUUGUAGAUGCAGCUGCAGCCAUCAUAGCUUCCUUGAAGGAUGAUGGUAGCAGUAUGGGGAAGGUCUAUGAGCUUGGUGGACCGGAUGUUUUUACUGUACAUCAACUGGCUGAACUCAUGUAUGAUAUGAUUCGUGAAUGGCCACGGUAUGUGAAGGUUCCUUUUCCUGUUGCAAAGGCACUUGCAUCUCCUCGGGAAUUCCUUUUAAACAAGGUUCCAUUUCCUCUGCCAAAUCCAGAUAUAUUCAAUCUUGAUCAGAUCAAUGCACUUACUGUAGAUACAGUAGUGUCUGAGAAUGCUCUAACAUUGAGUGAUCUUGGCAUCGUGCCGCACAAACUGAAAGGCUACCCUGUGGAGUACCUUAUCUGUUAUCGUAAGGGCGGGCCUGCUUAUGGCGCUACAGUCAGUGAGAGGGUAACAAGAUCUGAUUUUUAGGUUUUUGUUGGACUCUUCCAGAUCUUUUAAUUGCAGUUGUGUUCUUAGAUCAUUUUCUUGCCCUUGGCCGUUGCUAGAAUGUUCUAUUUGAUGAGAAAUAAGUGAGGUUGGGCCAUUAGUUGAUAAACCAAGUGGCGAGGGUGGAUGGAUAAAUUAUCAUCGGGUUCUAAUUUUCCUUCUAAAAUUGAUUAAGAAUUGCAACAUGAAAACCAUGCAGGAAUUUACUCUCUUUGUCAAAAAAAAAGAAAAAGAGGCAGCCGUAGCCCAUUUCUGUG